CUGCCGGCGGCCUUGCGCGAGCCUUUUUGUGGCGGGGGCGUCCUCGACGCGGAUGGGUCGGGAGGGGCGAGCAGUCAGAGGGUCCCCCCUAGGGAGGGCGGCCGUCUGUGCUGGGCUUCUAAGACAUGGCCGGGGUCCACCCGACAAAGCAGAGUCAUCCCGGACGGAGGGACAAGCAUACCUGAAAGGGGAAGGACCCGGUGCCCGGGGCCAGUGGAAGUAACGGAGGCGGUGGUUGAGGGGGCGGGGGAGAGCGGCCACUUAGGAGUAGCGGGGCUCGGGGAGCCCUGAACGUCAGGCCAAGCAAGGGAGGACCCGUGGAGGGGACGUGAUGCCUUAAGACUAGGAGGGAAAGACUUCUCUGCUGAUGGAGCGGGGCUGGGAGCCCGUCCGUAGUGGCCGCGCGGUGAGACGUGAGCUCAGCUAGAGCUCCGGGGACGGAGCAAAGGGACACAGGGUCGGAGGAAUCCCCAGGACGUCUGAGAGGAGUGUGAGAGUGAAGGGGGCGGUGUGGUGCUCCGCAUUACAUCAUCCACCUUGCCCCAGACUCCCCAGCGCCCCUUCCCUCGGCGCCUCACCACCGGCUGGCUGCGCACUGUGCGCUGCAGGCUUCCAACCACUCAAGAGUGUAAUGUUGCGGGGGCGGGGGGCACCCAAGAAAAGCUGAAUUCUUGGAGUAGAGUGGUACAAAGUGUGUCCCUGGGCUCCUGUGGUUUCCCUUGGGUCUGGGGACGGUGACACCAGCACCAGCCACCACUGCUAGGGUCCUGGGCCCAGUACCCCCUUGGGUAAACUUGCUGGUAAGAGGCAGGGCUGGUCUUCCGGUCAUGGUACAGACCAUAGGCCUUAACUAACUCAAAAUCCUUAACGGAUCAGAUGGCCAGAGAGAAGGGGAGAAGACAGAAUUGGGUCUGGGAAUCGAGAGGACCAGUAAGUCUCAGGGCACCUGCCAGAGGCACUUUUCUGGCACCACACUUCUGGGACAGGUCCUGUUCCUGCUAAAACCCUCAGAGGUUAUAGGCAGGCCUGAACAGAGGGUGCUCGCCCCUCAGGCCUCCCCAGUCUGAGCCUCCACUCUCUUCCCUAUGCCCCUCCUCCACUCAGGCCAACCCCCACCUGCCUGGGGAACAUCUCCUUCUACCUAGAAGGCCCUGUGGCUCCUUGGGAAGCCUUCCUGUGUACUCACACAACACACCUAUGCUCUCACCCCUAUCCAGGGAGAAGCCAGGUGGUCCUUGCAUCCUCCCCUGGACAGGAACUAUGACCCAUGAAGCUGUAUCCUCAAGGCCUGGCCCCAAGAGGUGUCCAGUAAACCCCUCCAGCUAGGAGAUCUCUUCCUCUUCCUACAAACACACACCCAAGAGCACUCCCCAAGUGCCCCAGAAGAACGAGGGAUAUCCUUCUGGAUAACAACAUGUAGAGCUCUGGGUCCAAUGGACCAAAAGAGAGAAGGGAGGUAAGCCUGCCUCCAAAAAGUCCUCUGGGGCCAGGAAGGGCAAGUGAGGUACACGAGGAAUAAGGAGAGCUGGUCAGCUCCCGCUGUUAACGGGCACCAGGGAGGGGACAAAAGGGACCUCUUAGGCCUCGGGAAUCCACUGGGGACCCACAGCAGCCCCUGGGAAAAUUACUUGAAUUAAAUGUGUCCCUAGUUUGUUCCUGAGGUUUCCUCCAGGAGGCCCUCCGAAGACCACCUAGGUCCCGGAAGCUGCUCAGCCUUGAACUCUGGGCAGGCCCCACCCAUUCUUGGCAGGUCAACUGUGGGUAAAUCAACCCCUUCAGCUCUUAAAUGGGCGCCUGAAGCCCAGCCCAGCCCAGACAGAAUAAAGUAACCAUAAGUCACAAGGCCUAUUCCAAAGGCUUUUCCUUCCAGCUUGUAGGAGUUGCUGAAGGCAGCCUAGGGGUGAGGAGUGAGGCCUGGGUGGCCGCCGGCAGCCCCCAUUGGAAUCUUCCCUGCCCCUCCCUUCCAGAUUAACUGAAACCUGCUAAUUGUGGCAGCCCUUGCCUGCUCCCCUCCCCCACUGCCUAUUCCUCCCUCCCUCUGCCUCCCUUCCCCUCCCCCUUCCAUCCGAAUGAUAAAGGGUCUGGCCCGCCAGGACCGCGGGCCUCAGGCCCCCAGCCUUUCCUCACCACGCUGCCCCAUUGCCCUGCCUCCACCGGGCCAGGCGCCUGCCCGGCUUGCGCGCCCACCCUACAUGGGGCCCUGCAGCAGCCCACGCCUAGGGCUUCCUGGGUCGGACUCGUCCUCCCAGCCCCCCAAGAGGAGGAAGAAGAGAUACCUGCGGCAUGACAAGCCACCCUACACCUACUUGGCCAUGAUUGCCUUGGUGAUCCAGGCCGCACCUUCCCGCAGACUGAAGCUGGCCCAGGACGACUACGAGGGCUGGAAGGAUUCCAUCCGCCACAACCUCUCCUCCAACCGAUGCUUCCGCAAGGUGCCUAAAGAUCCGGCCAAGCCGCAGGCCAAGGGCAACUUCUGGGCAGUCGACGUGAGCUUGAUACCCGCUGAAGCGCUGCGGCUGCAGAACACCGCCCUUUGCCGGCGCUGGCAGAGCAGGGGCGCGCGGGGAGCCUUCGCCAAGGACCUGGGCCCCUACGUGUUGCACGGCUGGCCCUACCGGCCGCCCAGUCCCCAGCUGCCACCCAGUCCCCAGCCACCACCCAGUGAGGGCUUCAGCAUAAAGUGUUUGCUAGGCGAUACCAGGGAGGGGGCACCACGAAGCAGCCCAGGUCAUGCAGGCUCUGGGCACAGUGGGGAGGUGAUGCCCACUCCACCCCUGCCCUCUGAGAGGCCUCUGUGGCCCCUCUGCCCCGUUCCCGGGCCCAGGAGAGCAGAUGCGGAGACUUCCCAGGGGGGAACCAGCAGGCCCUCGCCCCUCUCCCCUGAGCACAGAGCCUGGCCCCUCCACUUACUGCAGGGUUCUCCAGAGCCUGGGGCGCUGUCCGCUGGGAGUCACAGGGCCUCACUUUGGGGGCAGCUGCCCACCUCCUACUUGCCCAUCUACACUCCCAAUGUGGUGAUGCCCUUGGCUCCACUACCGCCCACAUCCUGUCCCCAGUGUCCACCUUCAACCAGCUCAGCCUAUUGGGGGGUGGCCCCUGAAAGUCAGGGUCCCCCAGGGCUGCUCUGGGAUCUAGAUGCCCUCUUCCAGGGGGUACCACCCAACAAGAGCAUCUAUGAUGUGUGGGUUAGCCACUCCCGGGCCCCAGCUGCCUCUACCCCAGGCUGGCUACUCUCCUGGUACAGCCUGGGAGGCUCCUAGGGCACGGGAGCUUUCCUCUCCUUGCCCUUCCUGCCACCACUGGCGCGUUGGGGAACCAAGGCCAGGAGGCCCAAAAGGAGUUGGUGGCCAGGGCAGCCUGAAGCAUCAGGCACCAGCGGUACUGAGAAUCCAUGCUGUUUAUUGGACUGCCCCCCAAAGGGCUGUGAUCUAGCGGGGCACCACCCCGGCUGGCCCUGAUGGUCGUCAUGCCUCCCUUACCCCCAGAGACAAGACUGGAAAGAGUGGGGGCUUUGCUUGCAGCAACCCCUUCCUGAUCCCACUUUCUCUGUCCAUCUAUCCUUCUUUCUACCCAUCCAUCACCAUGUGUCACUUCCCCUCCCUGGCUCCAGGCUGGGGGGAGGGAGGACCUAAAUCUCAGCUCCAGCCUAAAGUCCUGUCCUCCCUCAUCUGCCUGGGAAUGAGGUAGCAGCACCUUUUUUGGGAAAAGGAAAUCAAAAUCCUACUUGGUUUUGGUGGUGGUCGUGGGGAAUAUAACAGUAAAGGAGUACACAACA